UCGAAACGUGUGUAUGGACCUCCGAUGAAUGGUGGUCGGUAGUGUCGCUAUCCUUUUGUCUAUCGGGUCGGUGUGGCUAGCGUCUCUAGUGACGGCGAAGGAGACGCAAAAGAUGCAGAAAAACAAGGACGCAGAGCGAGAAGCAAGACAGCGCGAGACUAAGGCGUCCCAACUCUCCAGUAGCGACCUCGGCUCGAGCUUUAACCAGCCCAAGGACAACUACAAGCAGAACUUUGUGUAAGCAGGAAAUAUCUCGGUGUUGUUUUGUGGAUGAAAAUAUUCUACUAACGUUACAGUAGUAUUGUGGCAUUCUACCCUCUAUUAAUUCAUUACAUCUGCUUGUAAAUUACGUGAUGUAAUACAUGUAGAAGCUGGCGUGGA